CUGACAGAUCGUAGAUCAGUUGACCGGAAAUUUAAGUGUGUUAGUAAAAGUAGUAGUUUGUGUGUCUGUGUGUGUGAUAGUGGUUCCAGAGGCCAUGUGGACAUCCCGUCGUGGAUCUGGAUGCAGUGCACCAUGGACCUGACCAGAUGCCGCGCCGCUUAACCCCACUCUGCCUAACAAAAUCACCGCCGUAACCAUGUAACUGUCCAACAUGCUACUAAAAUCACUAAAACCACUAAAACCAGCCAGCUACAAGUAAAGCCAGCCGCUUUAGAGGAUCGGGAGGAGGAGCAGGAGCAGGAUCAGCUGACGGAGGAGGAACUAGCCGCUCUAGCAGCACAAAACAUACACUGAGAGAAACAGCAUGGCCGGGCCGCAGGUGCAGCACAGUCAGCGACCGAAUAGCGCCUAUUACACGGGUCUGAAUGGUGGUUCCGGCGGCGGCGGAGGAGGAGGAGGAGGAGGAGGAGUUGGGGGAUCCUCCGCCGGAAUGUCAAGCAGUGCAUCGCACACCGGACUGCAUGCCCUGCGCCAGGUGAGCAACGAAACGGAGCUAAUCUACCGUGGAAGCCACAGCAAUGGCACCGUCAACGAGCUGCCCUCGAGCGCCCAGCAUCAUCUGCUCACAGGACGAGCGGCCCAGCAGCAGCACCACCAACAGCAGCAGGUGCAUCACCAGACGGUGAGCAGCAUCGCCGGCACCGGAUCCAGUGUCACAGACGCCCUAAUCAGCACCAUUAAUUCUGGCGGCGGUGCCGGUGGUAGUGGUGGUGGUGGAGGUGGAGGUGGAGGUGGAGGUGGUGGUCCCUCUGGCAGCAGUUGCUCCACGGCAGCAUUGGGCAUUAAAAAGUCGAGCACGCAGCGCAGCAUCGAGAUAAUUGUGGACGCCAGUCAGUGCGGCAAGGAGCUGGUGGCCAGUGGACCGGGAUCGGGUGCAGCGGGCUCUGCAACAGCUAUUGUCUCCACACUGGACGUGGAGGAUGUGGAGCAGGGCGGCGGCGGUCAGGAGUCCUCCUCCUCGCAUAGGAAAUCAUCGCGCCAUCGCCAUCGACCGCUGCACCGGCGGCUGAUCACCUAUCUGCGGAACCUCUUCCAGGGCAGCACCACCCAGAAUGAUUCGGAACUGGAGGAGUUCGAAACGCCGGCAAGGUACAGGCCCGACUCGCUAAGUGCGCUAAGCCGCGCCACACGCUUCACGGAAGACGAGAUCAAACGAAUUUACCGGGGAUUUAAGGCUGAGUGCCCGACGGGCGUCGUCAAGGAGGACACCUUCAAAGUGAUCUACUCGCAGUUCUUUCCACAGGGAGCCAAUCCAACCUUAUACGCGCACUAUGUAUUUAAUACACUGGAUCAGGAUCACAGCGGCAUUGUCAGCUUCGAGGACUUUGUUCAAGGACUUUCGAUACUGUCGCGCGGCUCCGUGGAGGAGAAGCUGCGCUGGACCUUCUCGCUGUACGACAUCAAUGGCGACGGCUUCAUUACGAGGGAGGAAAUGACUGACAUUGUAACUGCCAUAUACGAGCUGAUGGGCCGCCUGCCGGACGAGUGUCCCGAGGAGGAGAAGAUCAAGGGCAAGGUGGAGCAGAUCUUCCAGAAAAUGGAUACCAAUCGCGAUGGCGUGGUCACGCUGGAGGAGUUUCUGGAGGCCUGUCGCAAUGACGACGCCAUCUCCCGGUCGAUGUCCUACACGGUGCCCCGGCGGCGGCGACAUCAGCAGUCGGCACAGCAGCAGCAUCUGCAGCAUCAGAAGCAUCAGCAGGAGCCAGAGAAACGUAAGUCCAACCACAAGACGAAGAACAAGCAACAGCAAAAACAGCAGCAACCACAUAGCACUAGACAUCAAAACUGUUGUCACAUAAUCGACAUGGAUGGCGAUAGCACCACCAGCACCACCACCGCCUCGGCGGCCACUGGAACCACACUCAAUUGCAAUAAUGUCCUAUAUGAUUACGGAGCGGUCGGUGAGGAUGACGGGGAGCAGGACGAAGAGGAUGAUGAGGACUCCGAGGAGGAGUACAGAUCCUUUGUCUGCCGCCACUGCCAGAGGCCGCAGCAGGCGGUGGUGCAGCAAACCAGAUCCGGUCGACGAUCGCAGUCGCAGUCCAAGUCACGCAAGCGCAGCAAGAGCAGGAAGCGCCACCAGAGCAAACAGGGUCACCAUCAGGGCCAGCAUGGCCAGCAGGGUCACCAUGGUCACCAUGGUCACCAUGGUCAGCAGCUGACCCGGUGGCCGGAAAUCAAUGUGGCCAACGAGCAGGCCAUUCGCUUCCGGUGUCCGCAGGUGGGGCCGCAGGUGGGUCGCGACCUUCACACCCCCCAGCCCAUGCACUUCCAUCACCCCCAGUCGCAGAGCCAGAAGGCCAAGAGCAGCAAGUCCCGACCGCGGAAGCAACGGGCAUGCCCAGCUGCUCCGCUAUCGAAAGCAGCAGCAGCAGCAGCAGCAGCAGCAGCAGCAUCUGGCCCAUCUGCACCACCUGCGCCACCAGCAGAGCCGCCACAGCUAGCGCCCUCCGAACUGCACCCCCUUCCACCCCUCAACGUGAUUGUGGGCGGGGCCGACGAGGUCGAGGUCGAUCCGCAGCAGCCACAACCGCCCACCACCCCCGACUCGCCGUCGCUGGUCACCGUGAGCACCUGGUACACGGUGGCCAAGCAGGGGGUCUCCUGCUAAUCGCGGUGAGCAGUGAGUAUCCUUGCCAUCACCACCCAACCACCCAACCACCAAGCUACCCAACCACCAAGCCACCCAACCAACCAAUCACAUUGCACCCCAGUGAAAGGAUGGCAUUGAUAUCUCUAGAUGCCUAAAAUCGUUUUCAAAUUGAUAAGCAACGUCUAAGAGUAUGCAUACUGAAUACGCUAUCGGUACUUGUCCAUAAAAUGCAAUUUUGAAACCAAAAGGAGACUUUAAAUUAUUUUAAGCCCCUAGAGAUCUGUGUGGCAUCCCCCAGUAAAACGCUUUUCCGUUUCGGUGUUUGAAUAUAUGUAUACAAUAUAUAUAUUUUGUGCUUAAAUAAUUAUAUAUGUGUGUUUCAGGGUGGAUCUCUGAAAAAUUGAAAUUGGCAAUAACUAAAGUUGUUACAAAAUUGUAUCAUUAUUAAAAAUAAUAUUAAUUGUCUUUAGUAAUUAAAAUCAAAUUUGUCUUUAAUUUUAAUAGAGCUUCAACAUAAAUUUUAGUUUCCUAACUGUUUGUUUACUCACCUACCAAAAAAGAAAACAUUGUAAAAAAAAAGCUGAAAAAUUGUAAAUAAAUAACUUUAGAUAUUGAUUUAAACGUAUAUUUUAAAUAUAAUUGGUUAAUAGAGCUGAGAUCCGCCCGACUGUGCAUUAUGUUUCCGAUUUAUCAUAUAAUUUGUACUAUAAUUAGCCAAAUGAAGUUUACAAGAAAUUUAAACCGUUCUCUGUGUGUAUUGAUUGAUGUUGCAAACUGUCAAAUGUGUUAUAGUCUUAAAUACGUAUAAAAAUCUUUAGAAAAUGUAAGUGAAAAUGAACCAAAAUGGAAAAUAUAUGAAAAGCAUUAAAACGUGUUCUUUACGUUUCCUUCAGUUAUAUUAUUUGUGCCCAGAAAAGUCUUCUUAGAAAUGUUGUUAGAUGUCCUAGAGUUAAAUAAAUUGCCGUUAGCUGUGAUGGAAAACAAAGUAUAUUAAACCACAAAAAAAACUUUAAUAUUAAUUGUAAAAAUAUGGAUGAUUCCAUCAAAAAAUGUGGGAGAUAAUUGCUCAAACAAAAAUGCUUGCUAUAUAUUAAGUGUGUGGGUGUGUUUUGAAUGUGUGUGUGUGUGUGCAUUGAAAAAGCUGGAGAGAACUUUUUUGUCAGAUUAAUUUGUAACAUUUUGAAUGCUUCACUUUGAGGUUUUUUCUUGGAACUGUUCCGACUAAAAGCGAAAAUUGAAACGGUGUCGUUUCGUUAAUUAAAUUUUGUAAAAUACCCAGAAAUCAUAUUAAAUAAACAUAUAUGCAGAUAUGCAGAUUAAUGAACUGACCAAUUUUAGCCAAUCAUUUGGCUUUAACAAAAAACACUGUUGGCAUUCAAAUGCAAAUUGAAUAUUGAAUUGGUCUAUGACAAAAAAUGAGUGAAAUAACCAAGUUGUUUUAAUUGAAAGCAGCUUUAUACUUUAUUGGAUAAAUGUAAAAGGCUGCCAGUUGAAUUCAAUUCGAUUUGCAUUAUUUCACAUAGAAAUUCGUGUUCUUCAAACUGUUGAAGUUUGCUGAGCGUUAACUUUUUUGCUAACUGUUAUUGCUUGUCAUGCUUUUGUUGUUGUUUUCAUUAUGCCACAUUGGACACACCAAGGAGACACACGCACACCUGCACACCAAGACACCAACACACCGACACCCGCAUACAUGCAAGGCAAAAUCAACAAGGAUGCAAACGCAUGGGAAUUGAAAUUCGUGUAUGGCAAUUAAAAUAUCUGCUUUCUUUCUCUCCCUUUCUCUUUCUCUCUCUCUCUUCUCUUUUUCUCUCUCUCUUUCUCUCUCAUCCUGGCCCGCACACACAUUACUCACACACUCGCUUAAAUAAACACACACACAUGUGCAGAAAUUUGCAUAGAAACUAAAUGAAAUGCGUAGCAAGAAAGACAACACGAAUCUGCCAAAAUAAAAAUCCAGGUACCGCACGUCCAUUAAUAUGCAAUUAUGGAUGUGUUUGUGCAAUUGUGAAAAUAAUGAAAGUGUGCGGAAAAAUUGGAAUGGCCAACGAAAACACGAUUUUAUCGGCAUAAUUGUCUGGGUUGCAUUUAAACGGACGCAAGCAGUGCAGCGCAGUUCUCAAGUGUAAGUAAAUUGUCGCACCGGAAGUGCCACUACUUGCGCCCAAAAACACAGAUACAUAUGUAUAUGGAAAUUGACAGUGUGUGAGUGCUCGCAACUUACACGGAACCCAUUGAAAAUUGAAAAUGUACGAAACGAAAGCUUUACACAAUGAAACUAAAACUAAAACUAAAAAACUUACUCUUAACGAUUUAAUGAAACAUAAAUAGAGAGAAAUUUAAUCUACACAGAAUCUAUAUUUAUACGAAAUGAAAAUAGCAAGGAAAAAUACUAAUUACAUUAAAUUGGAACCAGUUUGACUUUCUAUUUGAAAUAUAUGUAAACACACGACACACACACACACACACACAUACAUGCACAAGCAAAUGCCUGUGGGUAAAUAAAUGUGUAAAUCAAAAUAAUAGCCGCAAAUACAAAAGCGACGUGAAGGAGAAUGGAGAAUUGGAGAAAUGCUCCCCAGGGCGAAUACGUAAUGUUGAGUGUAUUGUUUCUGCGCAUAUAUUCUCCAUUAGCAAAUUAGUGACAAUGAUGAAAUGUCAUCAAGUCGGCCGGCAAUAUGUACAAUAUACAUCUGGUGUGUGUGCCUGUUGUGUGUGCGGGUGUGCAAGCUAAAUCAAAUAAAAACAAAUGUUUGAAUCAGAAAUUGGACCACAGCAAACAAAGAAGUAGCAUAAAAUGAUAUCCACUGUAUAUGCAUAUUAUAUUUACAUAUGUAUAUAUAUAAAUAUAUAUAUAUAUAUAUAUAUACAAAGAAUAUAUAUUGAUAUAUACCAGGCAUACAGUAUCUAUCAAGUGCAUAGGUGUGUAAUUGUAAUUUUUUGUAGCUAGAACUAAGGGACACACAGAAAAUAAAUGGAGAACUAUUAGAAAUAGAUAAUUGGAAAUUGGAUUAAUUGGACAUCUUGUUGUACAUAGUUAGUGAGUGGUUUUUUUCGCCGUUAAACCAACUACAAAUCUUUCUCUAUAUUAACUCUAAACUCAAAGUAAUUGUUGCAUUUUUAAGCCCUUUAAAUACAUAGCUGUGUACUUAGCUGUAGUCUUCCAGAAGUAAUCGAACAAAAAUCGAACCGAAAUGCAGAUGAUAACUCUAUUCCACUUAGAUUGAACCUGUAGCAAAUUUGUACCUUAGCCGAAACACCCACAAAAAGCUUUCAAAAACAAUAAAACUCUCUUCUUAAUAGACAAAAAACCAAA